AUGUCCGAUGGCGUAGGUGAAUCUCAUCGAUUCCCACCGAUCGACGGGCUGCAUGACCGAUGUUGUAAUAUAUCAAAUGAGAGAUGCAGGAGAGCGCCGCUUGAUCUCCAUCCCCUCGGUGUCUGUCUGCGAAACAUGCAAGUGCUUUUUCUCUCUGAGUUGUCACUGCAUACUCCUGUUCUCGAACUUUUGAUUCGUAAAGACUUUAUACCUCGUGAGCUACUAGUUUGGAAGACAUAUCCAGUAAGCGCUUGCGUCAACUCGUAUUCCGAUUGCAAUCCGAGCGUGGACAACAAAUCCCGAGCAAACACCCCAGAGGUCAAGGCGCAAGAGAUCUGGUCAAAUCAAAUGCAAAUAUACAACUUCAAGAGCAAUUAUACAACUGCAAGAGUGCCUGAUUCGGGCUUGGUUUUUUUCCUGCUCGUCUCUGGUCUUUGGAUCUCUUAUCUUCUUACUCCCCGAUCUGCUUUUCUUUUUCUCGCAUUUGCGCACUGCUCGGCUUUAUUUCUUUCUCUUUCAUCGCUCACACAGUUCUCUAGAUCUUUUCCAAGAUCCUGUCACUUUGCGCCUUGCGAUUACCUCAAGACACGCUUGUGGUAUCUGCACAGUCCCCUCGAUUGUCCACUCAUCCCGGCUUUAAGACCGAGGAAAUUUCCCCGGCUUAUUGGCCCGUCUCACAAUCUCCCCGGACUUCAUUCCUCCAAUCUUCAUUGUUUCAAGGUUUAUUUUGCAUUUUAUUUGGUUGCCUGUUUUGCCUUGCGCACGGAGGCCACGACAUCUUCAAAUCGUCUACGGGCGGGGUCAAGUCUUGACUAA